AUGGUGUCAACCCCGCGCCAAACUUUGGGUCGAGUUUGGCAUCAGGUCGAGUGUAACCAAGCGAAUUGUGUUGUGUCAAUCGACAAGUGUAGAUGUUCACUUCAGCUUUGCGCAACCGAGUUGCAGACCAACGCCGCUCGUCUGUCGGCUUGUGCACAGAUCAACCGAGCAAGCCUUGCUUCCACAGACCCGCCGGCCGUCCAGUCGCCGCAUUCGUCGUCUCGAGCUGACGCCGACUCUUGCUCUCUCCCAUUCGUCUCGCAUCUUUACUACCCUGUCCGUGUGCGCCUUUUACCCGUCAUCCUACCACACACCCACACACACACACCCACAAGCACACAAAACAGCAGCCACGACGAUGCGGAGGUGAAAUUGGCGGCAUUAUUCGCUUUCAGAAUUAAGAUCCAAGCUCCGUCUCGCCUCGUCUGCCUUAUCUAA